AUGCCGGCGUCGUCAAAGUUUCAGUUACUGACCGAGCCCGAGCCGACGGCUGCUGAACUCGUCGACGUCAUCGACGCCUUCUACGACGCGCUGCCGCCCAUCGCGAGCAGCGGCGAGAGCGACCCGGGCGUCGUCUUCGCGGGAUACGGCGAACCGUUGCUGCGCCACGACGUGCUGUGCGACGCGCUGCGAGAGAUACGAGCGCGAAGACACGGAAUCGCGACGCGCGUCGCGACGAAUGGACUGGUGGAUGUGGCGGUGUGCGACGCGUUGCGGGACGCCGGAUUGCGAAGCGUGACGGUUAACUUUGCGAGCGCGGAUCCGGAUGAGUACGCGCGAAUCAUGGCGCCGAGGGACGGAAGGACGCAAGGAGACGCGUUGGCGUUCAUUGAACGAUGUAGUGAACUCGGGAUGGAGGUAGAGGCGACGACGACGCGAACGCCCGGCGUGGAUAUCGCUCGCGCCAGAGAGCUCACGAUGGCGCUCGGCGCCAGCGCGUUUCGAGAACGCGAAUAUUUCCCUUAG